AUGCCUGUCGUCAAGGGAGGAGUGUGGACCAACAUCGAGGACGAGAUCCUCAAGGCCUCCGUCUCCAAGUAUGGCCUCAACCAGUGGGCGCGCGUGUCCUCGCUGUUGGCGCGCAAGACGCCCAAGCAGUGCAAGGCCCGCUGGAACGAAUGGCUCGACCCCAGCAUCAAGAAGAUCGAAUGGAGCAAGGAGGAGGACGAGAAGCUGCUCCAUCUCGCCAAGAUUAUGCCCACGCAAUGGCGCACCAUCGCCCCCAUUGUCGGCCGCACCGCCAACCAGUGCCUCGAGCGCUACCAGAAGCUCCUCGACGAAGCCGAAGCCCGCGAAUCCUCCGGCUUUGGCCUCACCGGGCCCGAGGGCGGAGAGACGCAAGCUCCAAGCGCCGAUGACGUGAGGAGGCUGCGACCCGGCGAGCUGGACCCGGACCCCGAGACGAAGCCCGCCCGCCCCGACACGGUCGACCUCGACGAGGAUGAGAAGGAAAUGCUGAGCGAGGCUCGUGCCCGCUUGGCCAAUACCCAGGGAAAGAAGGCCAAGAGAAAAGCGCGAGAGCGUCAGCAAGAAGAGUCGCGCCGCUUGGCCUCGCUGCAGAAGCGGCGAGAGCUCAAGACCGCCGGCAUCAACAUCAAGGUCACGACGCGCAAGAAGGGCGAGAUGGACUACAACGCCGACAUCCCCUUCGAGAAGAAGGCCGCCCCCGGAUUCUACGACACGUCUGAUGAGUUGACCCGCAACGAGCUCCAGCGCCAGGCGUUUGAUCCCCGGAAGCAACAGCUGGCGACAAAGCGAAAGGGCGACGGCGACGAAGACAACGACCGCAAGCGGAGGAAGAACGAAAAGGACGGCAUGUCAGAGUCCCAGAAGGCUGCCAUAAAGGCCGGCCAGAUGCAGAAACUGCGCGAGGCCGAGCAAAACAGCAAGCGCCGAGCUCUGAACUUGCCCGCCCCGCAGAUCAGCGAGGGAGAGUUGGAGGACAUUGUCAAGAUGGGCAAGAUGGGAGAAGCGGCCAACACCAUGGCGAGAGAGAGCGAUAAUGACGCAACAAGAGGCUUUGUCAACGACUAUUCGACGGUCAAUAGCAGCGCCCCGAUCCGGACACCGAAAGCACCCGCGCAAGAAGAUCACAUCGCCAACGAGAUUCGGAAUAUAAGGGCCCUCAACGAGACCAAGUCGGCGCUCCUGGGUGGCGAGAACACGCCGCUACACGAAGGAGCAGCCUCCACCGGCUUUGACGGCAUCGCGCCGAGAAAACAAACGGCGGCGACGCCGAACCCGAUGGCAACACCUCUGAGAGCAGGCGGCGUUGGUGCCACGCCGGGCCGGCCGGGACAGACGCCUAUGCGGACGCCGCGCGACACGUUUGCGCUGAACAGGGAGGACGGCAUGUCCAUGGUGUCGGCCACCCCGAAGGACAUAAGGAUGCGGGAACUGGCCGGCCGCAACGAGCUCCGAGCAGGGCUUGCCUCGCUCCCGAAACCAAAGGAUACCGAAUGGGAGUUUGAAAUUCCGGACGAGCAACAGGAGGCGGCCAUGACGGAGGAGGCUCGGCAGGAGGACGCUGCUGAGCGAGACCGGAGGGAGCGCGAGCGCAAGGCCGCUGAGGAAGAGCUUGAGCGCAGGCGCAGGACUCAGGUCAUGCAGCGCAACCUCCCCCGGCCGACCACCGUCGACGUGAACAGUCUGCUGAAGCGGGCCGAACAGGAGUCUGAUCCGGCCGAAGCCCUCAUCGCCAAGGAAAUGGCAGCCCUCAUGGCCAACGAUGCGGCCAAGUACCCGCUACCCGGAUCCAAGCUGAGCGGCUCAGCUCCGCCGAUGGAUGACAUCGACGAUGAGGCGCUCGCCAAUGCCCGUCUGCUCAUCUUAUCUGAGACGAAGUCGCUCCCCAGCCGGGAGAAGAUCCAGACAUAUUUUGAGAGUCGGGCAAAGGAUUCGACACUGCUUGGCCUCGGGUGCUACAGUGAAGACCCAGCGGAGCAGGAGGCCGCGAUGCGCGCUGGCUUUGAUGCUGUACAAGACACCAUCAUGGCCUCGGCCGAGCAAGGUGCCAAGCUGGAAAAGAAGCUCGGCCUCCACCUCGGCGGGUACAUGAAGCGGCAAAAGAUGCUCACGGACAAGCUCAACGGCGCCUCGGACGCGCUCGACAAGGCGCGCAACGCCCUCGGCGCGUUCAACACGCUCGCCAUCUCGGAAGACGUGGCCAUCGAUAGGCGGCUCGCCGCCCUCAGGGAAGAGGUGGGCUUCGUCAGCCGGCGCGAGAGAGAGGCGCAGGAGGAGUUUAGGAAGGUUCGGGAUGAGUUGGAGGCGCUGCGGGCGCGCAGCGUCAACGGCCAUCACUAA